AGGAGAUCUAACAUUCUACAGGCAAUCUAGGCGAGGGGGGUUUAUGGCGUCAAGUGUCUUGAGCUUUAACUUGCGCCACCCCCUCUGGUGAAGUGAGUAAAAACCAUUUUGUACCAUGAGCCAAAGUUUCUGGAAAGUUUACAAAGCAAAAGUUCUGCAGACAUUCAACACAGAACAAAAUGAAGAAGCACAUGAAGAGAGUGACACCACAGAGAUUAUUGAACCUGAAAAUCAAGAAAAUGGAGAUGAAGGAUUAAACAUGUCCCAGCUUGCAAGAAAGGUUCAAGGAACAUUUGGUUGGAGAACUGUAACUUCGUUGUUCACUAGAGAAGAACAAGAAACAGAUCAGAGAGUUGAGCAAGCAUCGGAGAUGGAAACAGAAGAGACUGCAUCUUCACGCACUUCAGACAACCCUCCACAGAAAAGCUCCUCAGCACUCUGGGAUGUAUUCACUAGCAGGUGGCAACAGAGUACUGUUCAACCCUCUGAAGCAAAAGGGGUACUGGAAGAACCUCCAGAGGAACACAGUGAAACUCACCAUGUAGAGGAGACACCGUUUAAAUGGGGUUUCCUCACUAGCAAACUAGCAGAGUUAAGAAGCAAGAAUGAGUAAGAACGUAACAAUAUGUAGAUAAUUGC